CACUUAUGAAAUGGGAGACAACGAGUUUUCAGUAACAUAUUUACAGUGUCGAAGCCGAAUUUACCGCGAUUCUUUUGGCGGUUAACUGUUAACUCAAGUAAAAAUUCCGUUUUGUUCCGCUGAGGCCGAGACGGAAACCGAGUCUCCAGCAGCUGAGAGAUGAGUAGACAUGGAGGUUUGAAGUUAGGCGCCAAAACCUCGCUCUAUGUGCUCACCGCCGCUGGCUUCGCUGCCGCCGCCACCUACGACUCUUCCGACUCUGGCAAAACAAUCAAUUUUCCCCCUAACUUUUUAAACGGCGUCGUUCGCUCCUCCCGCGCCCUCUUUACCAUCAGUUCUUGCGUGGUUGACUACAAGUAUUCGUUGCACGGUUUACCAGCUGAUUCGAAGGAGUAUGGAUUCACAUUAUCUGAGAUCCAUCUAAGAUCGGCUAGAAGGAUCCAAAAUUUAUGUGACACCAACAAAGGUUUCUAUGUAAAGGCUGGCCAGUUUGUUGCUGCAGCACGACAAGUUCCUCAUGAAUACUCCUCAACUCUUUCGUCUUUACAGGAUCAGGCAAUUCCAUGUAAUUUCGAAGCUGUCAAAGAAGUUAUAGUAAAAAGUCUGGGGAAGGAUUUGUCAGAGAUAUUUCUCUCGUUUGACCAGCAAGCAGUUGCUGCUGCAUCAAUUGCUCAGGUACAUCGUGCCAUCUUGAAGGACCAUCAGGAGGUGGCAGUCAAGGUCCAGUAUCCAGGAUUAGAAUAUCAAAUGAAAUUUGAUCUUACUACAAUGGCUUUACUCUCCAGAACAGUUGCAUGGUUUUUCCCGGAGUACAGGUUCAAGUGGAUGGUAUCAGAAUUUACAAAAUCUAUUGCUUCUGAACUUGAUUUCAUUCAAGAGGCUAAGAACUCAGAAAGAGCAGCAAAUAAUUUUAAAAGCAACAAGAUGGUCAAAUUCCCUUUUGUCUAUUGGGAUUUCACAAGCAGGCAGGUGUUGACAAUGCAGUUUUGUGAAGGACAGAAGAUUGAUGAUUUGGAAUAUUUGAAGCGAAUGGGAAUCAGUCCACUUGAGGUAGCCAAAACCCUCAUAGAUGUGUUUGCUGAGAUGAUAUUUGUUCAUGGUUUCCUCCAUGGUGACCCGCAUCCUGGAAACAUAUUAGUUUCUCCAGAUGGGCGCAAUUGCUUUACAUUAGUCAUUCUGGAUCAUGGAAUCUAUAAACAGUUACCUGAAGAACUCAGAAAGAAUUAUUGCCAUCUCUGGGAGGCCUUAAUUAGACUUGAUACACAAAAAAUACAGCAGCUGGGAGAAACCUUUGGUGUUGGGAAGUAUGCUCGAUAUUUUCCUAUUAUAUUUACAGGAAGAACCAUUAACAGUAAAUCAUCGCUUGGGAGAGGAAUGUCGCCUGAAGAGAAGAAACAUUUAAAGGAAGAAGUGAAGUUUUUAAAAAUGGAGGAUGUAUCUUCCUUCAUGGAGUCAUUGCCCCCUGAGUUUCUGACCAUACUGCGGACUGAUGGGCUGCUAAGGUCCCUGAUUAGCAAAUUGGGUGCUCCUCAACGAACCCGACUGCUCACUUAUGCUAAAUGUGCCUUGCGUGGUCUCUCUGCUGAGGCAAGUUCUGAAUCAGUGUACAUUGCAUCCAGAUUGAAGACAAGCUUCAAAUACAUUCAACUGAGGAUAAUUCUGGGAAUUAUGGAGUUUGUGACGUACAUGGAUGAAAGAGGACGCUCAUUGGCUACAAUUUUGAGACUGUUGAUGUGCAAAAUUUGGGGUUUUGAGCUUUGAGAGAGUUCAAAGGAAUAUGUGACCGCUUCAAAUUGCAGUCUUUGUAAAACAUCACUCCAAUCAAAUUUGGAGCAUCGAAUGAUGUUGGUGGACCUUGUUGGGUUGCUUUGGAACUUCUGAUCGAUGGUGGACGCCCAUUUUGGGCAAAAAGUGGAAAACAUCAAUUCUUUAUUAUUUACUUUUCAUACGUCGUUGUAUAGACUUAUAUGAAAAGCACAAAGAAAUGCAAAAUAAUGUGAUUUUGAUAAUGUGGUGACCGAUUCGUUUUAUCUUUA